AUGGUGUUCAAGAUAUUUAAACUUGCUAGUAUACAGGAGAGUGUUUCAGCAGGAGACGAUUUUGUUCCACCACAAAGAUUACGAACAAAGGCUGCUAGUCAACCUUCAGGACUCACUCAUAGAACAUCAUCCGAUUCACUUUCGCCACAAACAAAGGCUGGAACAGGUUCGAAUGCGUCGUCUUCGUACAGUCACAAUUCAUCGCCCACUUCCUCUCCAAAACAGGAUGAAGAGGAUGCCUUCUUGUCCGGUCAAGGUUCAUCAGGUCAAUUGGAUGGUGUUGAUUACUUGUUGAAUAGAAUGAGUUGCUCCUCUAAUGUUCCUCCAUCAACAACAAAUAUUCACACCAAUAAUGUCAUUAUGAAUGGUGCCACUACUCAGAAUAAUUUUCUGACAGUUUCUUCGGAGGAAACGACAAAAGGACUUUCACAAACACCAGUUAACGCCCACUCACGAAAACGAUUACCAAGUGGUUCUCUCAUUAGACCAUACCAUCACUACAAGGUAUUCUAUUGUGGAGAUAACAGAUAUAAUUUAUUGCAUGAUAUUGCUGUUGAUCAAUUUGUUUUAUCUAAGUCAACUAGGAUGUACAAGAUUGGAAAAUCUGCACCUAUUGACAGACUCAAUCUCUCUAGUAUGUCUGUCACAAAACAACGAUCGAAUAUUAGCAUGAUCAGUGCUGAAUCCUAUAACCAGCGAGAAAAUAGUUGCUUUUUAAAGGCUCCAGAAAUCAAUCUCUCCCUCAACAAUGAUGAGGAUUGUAUUUUACAAAAUGUCAACCCAGUGCCUUCCAAUAGAAAUAAUUUUGAUGAAUUCAAUGAUAUCCAACAAGCUAAUUCAUUCUCUGUUUCAUCAUCCUUGAUUGAAACAGCCCAUAGAGUUCCAACCUCCAUCGGACAACAAUUAUAUAAUCCUCCAUCAGGGCUCAAUAGUAGCUUUUCCAACAAUGAUACUAGUUUUUCCAACCAAUUGUACAAUAGCAACGAUGAACCAUCAUCACUCGAUAUCAUUAUUACUCCUGGAGAAACCGAAAAAACUCCAGUAACAACUCAACCUGAAUCACUUCCAAACGCUCCAUACUAUAGGAGCUCUGUAAAUUUGAACUACCUUUCACCAUUUUUGCCUCCAAAUAAUAAUAAUAAUAAUAUGAAUAACCAACAAAAGAAUUUUGGAAGCUCUGCAACUAUUGAGAGCAAAUCAUCUUCAUCCUCUUCCUCUUCAUCACUCACAGGUAGAUCUCAUAAUACCUCAUUCUUUGGCUCAGCUACCAGUUUUGCAGAAGGUAUUGAAACUACAGUCAUUCACCCUAUUGAUAUUACCAGAUUUUUACCAACCCAAUCCCAUGCCACACAAAUUCCAACCACUUCAAAGAUUACUAGCAAGCACGAUUUUGUCAACAAUUAUGCUCACAUUACAGAUGAGAUUGUUUUUGUUGCUGCAGGUUUUGAUAAUACCUUCUUUUUGAGUCAGUCAGGUAGAAUUUGGUCAUGUGGUGAAAAUUCAUGCCAACAAUUAGGUCAUCCUGGGAAUGAUUUGGCUGAAAUUCCAGAUGCUCAAUUCUUACACAUUAAGGAAAUCAUUUCUCGAGGCGAGCAUACUCUAUUCUUGGCUCAUGACAAUAUCUCACUGUACACUUGUGGAAGUAAUAGAUUCGGUCAAUGUGGUAUUGGAAGCCCUGACCAAGAAAUUACCAAACUCACAAAAGUAUCAAAACAAGUUGGACCAAUCCAACAAGUUGUUUGUGGCUAUGAUCAUACAGUAAUUUUAACUUUUGACCAUCAAGUGUAUAUGUGUGGUGAUAAUAGUGAUUUCCAACUUGGAAAUUCCUUCCCUCCAACUGUUAACGAGCUCACUAAAUUGGAUACAAGCAGGUUUACAAAAUCCAGAAUUGUAAAAGUACAAGCCGGAGACUAUCACACCAUGUUGCUGACAGCCAAUGGCGAAGUUUUCGUUACAGGUUCAAAUAAUUAUGGAGAAAUUGGAAGUGGAGGUCCAGUUGAAAACUUUACUCUUCUCAAAGAAAUUAUUCAUAGAUUUAAUGCAAAUAUUUGUGAUAUUUAUUCCAACUCCCUUACAUCCUAUCUGAGGGAUGUGAAUGGAAGUUUCUAUGUAAUGGGUGAUAAUCAAUAUGGUCAUGCUGCUGUGGGUUAUGCUAUGGAUAUCAUUCCACCAACCAGAUCCGAAAUUCUCUCCGAUCCAAAUAUUCUCGAUAUUUACGUAGGAAAAUGCCACUUGGUCUAUACAAAGAAAUCCAAAAGGUCACCUCAAGAGGUUGAGGUCUAUUCAAUUGGGUUGAAUGAAUUCAAUCAACUCGGUAUUGAAUCAGAAGGCCCAGAUGAUCAUCAUACUGUUCCAGUUCGUCUCCUAGACUUGGAAACUAUUUACCAAUAUCAAAGAAAGAGGUGGAGAACAAAGAGGAUGAACAUUGUGUGUAGCACUUAUUCAACCGUUGUUUACUUUACCACUAGAAAUGAAAAUGAAGUUAGUGAGCUAUUCAAACUCUUGAUGCUUCGUCUGGUUUGCCCAGAAAAGUGGGAAGUUGCCAGUGCAGGAAAGAAGUUGGAAAUGGGAUUCGACGUCGAUUUGAAUGACAAUAUCUGGAAAUUUGAUGACAUUGCCAUUGUGACACAAUCAAAUUAAAUAAACAAGGUAUUACUUUU